ACAAAAACAAACAAUUGCUUAAUGUACUUAUCCUCUUGCUUUGUCAUUAGGACUUUUUUGACUAUUCUAGCUUUCCAUGGAAAUUAUUGUUGAGUAGUUGGCAGAUAUGUUUGAGCUUCUGACAGAUCUUUUGAAAAAUGAGCUUCCUCUUGAUCAAGAACCAGUGCUUUUACCUGAGGAUGUUGUGAAUGGCCUUGUUCUUGUAGAUAUCAUCAAUGGAUUUUGCACUCUGGGUGCUGGCAAUCUGGCUCCAAGAGCACCUAACAGGCAGAUUUCACGAAUGAUCAAUGAAUCAGCAACACUAGCUAGGGCUUUUUGUGACAAGAAAUGGCCUGUUCUUGCUUUUCUUGAUUCCCAUCAACCAAACAAGCCUGAGGACCCAUACCCUCCUCACUGUAUUACUGGAACUGAUGAGUCCAAUUUAGUUCCUGCUCUACAAUGGUUAGAGAAAGAACCAAAUGUCACAAUCAGACGCAAAGAUUGCUUUGAUGGUUUUGUGGGUUCAAUUGAGGAUGAUGGAUCCAAUGUUUUUGUAGAUUGGAUCAAGAACAAUCAGAUCAAAUCUAUAGUGGUUGUAGGAGUAUGCACAGACAUUUGUGUGUUGGAUUUUGUUUGUUCAACACUAUCAGCAAGAAACCAUGGGCUUGUGGCACCUUUAGAGGAUGUGGUGGUGUAUUCCAGUGGCUGCGCCACCUUUGAUGUGCCUCUUCAUGUUGCUCGAAACACCAAAGGUGCUUUAGCUCAUCCUCAGGAACUGAUGCAUCAUGUAGGGCUUUACAUGGCAAAAGAAAGAGGAGCCAUAAUAGCAAGUGAGGUGUCAUUGGGUGCAGAAAAGAAGACAUGAAUCCAUAAAUCUGGCCUGAUACCUAUCAAUAAUGAAUUUGGUUUGGUGAUCACAGUGUCUCUACCUACCAUUCUUGUAUUUGUUAUAAAAAAAGUUGGUAAUGGAUGAUCAACUUCAAAACAUACAUAUAUGACAAGAAUGCUAGGAAGCGCAUGUACAUUUCCCAAUAAAAUAUCUGGUUUUUGAAACCUAAGAUUGGCAGCACCAUUAUUGUGAUCAUCUUCUGGGCUUAGAUGAGAAAUUGCUUUUUGAUUAUCUUACAGUCUGAACUUUGGUUUAUUUAGUGUUGAUAUCCUCUUCUGGUUUAAGGUAGUUCUACUGUGGACAUUAAUUGUA